AUGCACGCAACGGAAAGGAGCCGCGUCUCCACCUGCUCCACCGACAAUGGCUCAUCCCAUGCACACGAAGACACCCGUCUCACCACGGUCGUCUCCAAUCUCUCCACCAUCUCGUCGUCCUCCCCGAAGAACAAAUCCAAGGACACUGACCCCGCCGUCUCGGUCUCGACUUCGGACACCCACGCUUUGACCGCUUCCGCACACACACAACCACAAGCCGGCACCACCAACGCCGCCUCGUCGCCUUCGGUUGCGCCAACGCACCUCGUCACGCUCCUCACCACCACCGGGCAGCGCACAUCCUGGAGAUUCGACCCAAACCAAACUGUCGAGGUCGUUCGAGCGCACAUCUGGGACAAUUGGCCACAAGCUUGGCCGCAACCUAAACCCGAGUCGGCUGCCUACCUCAGGCUUCUGCAUCUCGGACACAUCCUCGACAACCCGGCAACCACUCUGGCUUCUCGAGGCUGCAGGUCUGGUGCAACCACGGUGGUGCAUGUCAUUGUUCGCUCCAUCCCUCCACCAGAGCCGGUCAAGGUCGAGCAGCAAAACCCCGUCAAGGACGCUGACUUGGACGCACCUCCAACUCGACGCAAUCCCGACCAGCAGGAAACCCCCGGUUGCAGCUGUGUCAUUUGUUAG